AUGGCAACAGUGCUAGACCUAAAAAUGGGUGAACCAAGACUAAAAACAAGUUGGGUGUGGGCUUAUUUUGACGUGAAAACUUUGCCUGAUGGGGAAACUGUGGCUUGCUGUAAGACCUGUGGGAAAACGUUUAAACACGGUGGUAGCACGUCAAACUUAAUAAACCACCUCGCGAAGACACACAAAGUGUUUCGUCCUGAGAAUUAUAAUAAUGGUAAUGGAAAUGGGAAACGUUCAAGUGGGGAACAACAACCAUUGAUACCACCGCCAUAUAGUAACAAUAGUAACACUACUAAUUACGCGUUAGAUCCGUUAUCUAUAAAUAAUUUAACUCUACACCCGCUGGAAUUUUUGUUUGGCACGUGGCGUGGACAAGGAAAAGGGAAAUUCACGGGUAUUAAUGAUUUUGUGUACGGCGAAGAAAUUCAAAUUAGUCCGGAUGAAGCUGGUCGUGGUUGGCUAUACUAUAGACAAAGAACGUGGAAUCCUGCUCGAAAUGACAUGAAUUUUCAUAGUGAGUCUGGAUAUAUUCGAUGUCCCGGAAUGAGGAACAAAGUAGAAUUGGUCUUGGCGCAGCCGACUGGAAUAGCUUCAGUGGAAGAAGGUCAAAUAGAAGGAACCACCGUAUCUUUACGAUCAACUAAUAUUGCUCGUUCCUCGACUGCAAAGCCACCACACGUAGCUGGAUACACAAGAAUUUGGAGUGUAAAUCCAGAUACCAAUCAAUUAACAUACACGUUCAGCAUGUCCACUCAAGAGAAACCAAUGGAAGAGCAUCUUGUCGCUACUUUAAUAAAGGCUUCAUAA